AUGCUCAGAGACUCAAUUCAGUCGAGCAACAAAUAUUUUAAAGUGCUCUACGGACCUUUGGAUCACAUUUUCUACAUAACAUUACAUAACAGACCUUAUAAAUACCUUGUGCUAUAUGAUGAAUGUUACCGGCAAGUCAAAAAGAUAGAUGUUACAAACGUUUCCUGCUUCCAGAGCAAGUGUGUUAACUCGGAGUCAACAUACGAGUUUAGAAACAGGAAAAAAACCGUUUCAACAACAAAACAUGUUCUGGAGAUAUAUUUUGGGACUACGAAUAGAAACCCUCUCGUCUUUACGACACUUUCAUUUGAUGAAUCUAAGCUUUUAUCAACAGAAAUUGAAAAUGUGUUUGGAGUUCGAGUUUAUACGUACGGCAGUCUGAACACAGCUUUUAGAAAAGCACUUAAACAAUCUAAUGAGAAAGAAGAUGGUAUAGAAGACCAUAACUAUGAUGAUAGUAUGCAUAAAUAUAAGCUUCAGAAGUAUGUGCUUUUAAUUUUAUUAUUCUAUAGGCAUGCGCACGAAAUGAAGAAUUUGUACGAUUUGGCACAAAUUGAACAGGAAGAACAAAGUGAGCCUUUGGCUGAGUUUUCAGGCAAAUACCCAGUAGUCAUUGAAGGAGAUAUGGAAAGUGGCAGCUUUGUAUCAUACAGAGAUAUUAAAACAAAACAUGGGUUAUCCAACUCAGUAUACAAAGUCGAGUGGUACCUGUCGACUGCAUUCGGGAGUCCUGAUCAGUUCUUCCAAAUACCGUCCGAGACUUCAGAUACCUUUUAUCUCUCAGAAUACAUGAUCGGCCAUUACGUCAUGGUGAAGGUUUAUAGAGCGCUGAAGUAUUCUGAAAAUAGGUCGUUUGUGUUCUCAGUUUCACAAAAAGGACCCAUUUGUCCAAAUACACAGCUAUGUCAUAACAUACUAAUCAACUCAUCGAGGAGGUCUGACUUUCAUGACGUGUUAAUUUCAACUCUUGACCUUGAUGUGCUGUUCGCCGUCGUCGACAAAUCUAGUAAAUUCGGUGCAUACAAACCAUUUAACAACCCAAAUGUAGUUAAAAAUUACCCUCAAUUUCAAAAGGCCGUGACAUUUACAGAAGAUAAUAUACUAGUUAAUGAGCCAGAUUCUGAUGAUAAUAAGGUUGAAAACCCCAAACACUCCAAUUCUGCAGAAGUUGUGACUGUUGAAAAGAAUGAAGACCCACUUCAUACAAAUUCUGAAGAAAAGGUAGAAAACGUUCAAUCUGACACCAGUAAUGAGUUGGAGGAUGAAAGUUAUAUAAAUAAUAUCUCGGAUGAUCUGUUUGAGGAUGAAAAUGAUAAAUCUAAAAUACCUAGAGGGAAUUAUAUCAAGUUAAAAGUACCCUCAAGGGAGAUUAAAAUGGAGGAUAUAGCCAAUGAUAAUGAAGUUGAGGAUAACCAAGUACAAAUGUCACCAGAACACUUGCGUGAUAAUAAGGAGAGCCUAAAGUUUCUGUAUGGAAUGUCGAGCUCACAAUUUGAUAAAUCAAACGAAUCAACAACAGUUUCUGACUUAUCAGAAGACGAGAAGAAGUUGAGUUAUGCGAAUGAAUACAAUGAAAAGCCUAAGAAAAAGAGGUUCUCAGUUUUUAAUUUAUUCAAAUCAAAUAAAGCACCUCACAAUCCUAAAAAACCUAAUGAUAAACACCCUAAACAAUUCGAUGGGAAACAGAAGGUUCCAGACCAAAGACAGAUCAUUAAUAAAAAGUCUGGAAAGGUAAUACCUAAUCAGAAAAAAGUAAAAGAUCAAAUCAAAUCUGAUAAAAAAGUUUAUAAAGGAAAUCAGGAAAUCGAAAAAGGUGACAAACGGGAGGACAAACCAGUAGAAAAUCAACCUAACGGUAACAUUGAGGACUUUGAAGUUGAAUCAGGAGACUCAAAGAUGUUUAUUAAACAGUUUGAUGAUACCGGUCAUGGUUCUGACGAUAAAAUUCCCAUGAACAAUAAACCCAAACCUAAAUGGUCACUUAAAUUAUUUAACAAACUCAAUGGUAAAGAUAAAAUUGAUGACAGCAUGUCUGUCAGUUCUAGGUCAUCCAAGAGUACCGACAGCAAACGUGGUAAAAAGAAUAAUAGAAAACCUAAAAAGGUUAUUUAUGACAGGAAAAGAGAAAAACAAAUGAGAGCUCUUAGGGAAAAGGCCCAAAUGAACGAUUUGCGUACUUCUGAUUCUGAAAUCAGCACAAGCGGUUCAGAGGAGUUGGAAGAAUCAGUUUCAACUAGUGAUUUAAACAAAAGGCCAAAGCCUGAACUCAAGCCUUCAAAGGCUCAAAAACCUGUUAAAACAAAUCCAAAACAAGUUAAAUCUCAAAAGAAUAAUCCGGUAAAGGGACAGAAACCCGUUAAAGGGCAAAAAUCUCCGGAUAAAUCAAGAUUUUCUGGUUAUAAAACUCCGAUACCUGAUUCAGUACUCACAAAUCUAUCCAAUCCCAAGCCUGUUAAACCUAGAGAUAAAACUCCUAGAAAAAACAUUCCUACAGAUAGACCAUCUGCUAACAGAUACAAUAAGAAACAAGCUGAGACUAAAAAAGGAAAAGGAGGUAUUUUUGGUAUGUUCAAGAAGAAAAAUCAAAAAGAAGUACACCCUGAACAUCAGAAUAAACAACCUGACCCAAAAGAACUUGAAAUGAUCAGCUUUCAAAAAUAUAAGAGAAUCGUCGAUACCAUUAAAUUCGUUCCAGUUAAACUAAGAAUUUGCUUGAACGAGAUGAUAAUAACAUUUGGAUUAACCAGCUUGAGUUUGAGGUGGAACCAUAUAACAGUUGAGAAGGCGGAUCAACUAUGUUUUGGUCAGUUUCCAUCAAUCCCUCAACAGCUUGAAAAUCAAUUAACAGUAGUUUACAACAAUGGAGAUCCAAUCAAGGUUAGAUUGAGAACGCAGUCACCAUUUCAAAGAAAUGUGCUAUUCCACUCUAUAAUAUUUAACAAAUUUAGAAGAAAUUACUCAAUUGAUCGUUGUGAUAGGGAGCUCAACACCUGCUUUUACGACGGAAUAAGAAGAGCAUACGUUAGAGUUUGCGCAGCAUACUAUGAGUCAAGUAAAAGAAAUGAAGAAAAGAACCAGAAUAAAUCUGGGAAAUCAACCUCAUUUUUAAAUGCAGAGAAUUAUUUAUUAAUGUAG